GCGUCACAGCGAGUCGGAGGCUCCUGAUUGGCUGGACGGCGGGGCGGAAGUGCGUCGCGUAUCCCAGCUGGGCAGAAAAACAAAAACAAGGCAAGCUCCAACUGCACCAUGAUGGAUGAGCUCGUGCAGGACCUGGUGUCUGCUCUGGAGCAGACCUCAGAGAAAAAACAGCUGGGGGAUCUGUGGGAGGAAAUGGUCCUGAGUCCGCUGCACCGGCGCCGGCAGAUCCGCCGCCGCAGAGGCCGCAAGCGCUACCGCGAACCUUCCCUCUACCCGCUGCAGCACAGACGAUGCUGGAUCGAAGCCUCCGAGUCCAGUUUGGACGAGACCAAAGGAUACAGGGAGAACUCGUCCUCGGCGAUCGCCACCGCCGCCGCCGUGGCCAACUCGGACUCGGACGACGUGACUUCGACCAGCCGAUGGCGCUCCGUGGCGAGAGGCCCCGUCAGGACUAGGCAGCCCUCCUGGCCAGAGUCCGACUCGUUCACAGAGAAUAACGCGGGGCGUCACCUCAGGAGGCGGAGGAAGGUCAAACGCAUGAGCUCAGACAUCGCGGUGAGGCUGCAGCAGAAGUUAAAGGUCUCCGGCGUGGACAGGAAACGCAGACACAGGCCGUCUCGAAUGCAGCAUCUCCCGGGACCGAAGAACAGGUCCGCCGGCCUCGUGGGAGCCGACCGGCCGGCAGAAGGAGCCCGGAUGAUGGGAAAGGAGUGCUGGAAGAGAAGGGUGGUCAAGGACCACAGAGAUGCUGCUGAUGAAAACAUGUCCGAGGGGGAAACCAGCAGCACGUGCAGCAGUGACCCCGGUCUGUUCACCAACGACGAGGGAAGACAAGGCGAUGACGAGCAAAGCGACUGGUUCUUCGAGGGCGACUGUGGCGUGGGGAAGGCUGUGGCCGGCCUGCUGCCCAGCUGGGAGUCGGACAACCAGCUUCCCCUCGAGGACAACCGGCCCUCGCCUACCUUCUUGCAACCAGCACGGCCCUCUCAGAGAGGGUAUCGGUGUCAUUCCCCUCGAAGGCCGGGCUCUGCCGCCUGCUGCGUCAGGAAGGACAGGAGGCGGCUCCCCAGCAAGGGCAGCGGCGUGUUUGUAGAGAGACUGCGGCACUUCUCGCAAGAUCCUUACCAGAGAGAUUUUUGGCUGCCUUCUGUCGGAAAAAGAGACCGAAGCCAGUUGAGCCCUUUGUGCCCAUUACCAGUGUGUCCUCUUGACGUGAUGCCAGAGAGCUCCCAUCUCCGAUGUUCCACCUCAAACUGCAGAAACAGGCAGACUAAUGUCUCCCGUGCCUAUCAGCCCUGCAGUGACAUCAGGAGGAGGAGGACAACGGAAGCUGUGUCCGUCACAACAUCAGCCAGCAGCACGUUGCACAAGGAUCACCCGGAGAGGAGAGGCUCAUGGAGGCAGUAACACCUCAACCCCCGAGGCUCCGGGACCAAGUGCACCAGGUUCACUGAGUUUAUCUUUCCUCCAGAGGGACCACCAGGAACCUGAAUAGGGCCGGACGAGAACACCUAAGUGACGAAGGGAGAAAGCUAUUGUGCCAGAGAAUUUAAAAGGCCAAAACGCCUCUCGCUGCACAAACUUUAUAACAACCCGCCCCUCCACAAAGCACAUCAUUACUCCUCAAAUCAGCAUGUUACUGCUAAAUCCAGUCUUUCCAGUAGUAUAAUAAGCAUGACAAAUGUUAAUGCAAUCAAGCCUUGUUAAGCCCUCCGCCAUCUCCUCAAAGCGGCUUCAAGAGGCUCCUUGUUUUAACUCGAGACUGGACGGCUCCUCCCGUUUCCACACACACAGUCUCCAGGCCACCUGCCCCCACACGAUCCAACAAUUACGCGGCGCGGCGCUUGUCAGCGGGAACGCCGGGGGUGGGACCCCGCGAAGCGCGUGCAGCACCAGAGCGCCGCCAUGUUUAGCCGCCGCGCGCAGCUACGGGGGGCUCAAGAGAGCCGCACAAAAGCACGGGCCUCCUAUUAGCGUGGCAUUGAAAACGCUCCGGUUCUUACAAAGGUGCUCAUUAGCACCACACACACCUCUGUUCCCUUCAGCCCACCGUCCAUAUUCAAACCGCCCGACUAAAUGUGUUUUAAGUUCAAGGCCGGCUGGAAAUGCGUUUUUGAACGGGUGUUUUUCAGUCGCGGUGGAUGAGCUGCUGUUGGAGACGGGAUACAAUGCGUCUUCACCCACCCUGGGGGGGGGUGGACAUUUCCCCGCCUCCCUCGGCAUCAGAUGCAUUAGAAGAUCAAUGGCAGCAUAUAGUGGGAUGAAACACAACACUUCUCGCCAAGCUGGUAAACACGCAGUAUAUUUCGAUUUUUUCUUUUUUAGGAAUCAGGUGAAGUACAUUCAGUUUAACCUAAAACACAUUUUAAAUAAUACACAGGCAUACUCAUACACAGUGUGUGUGUCCUGAAAACUUUGACAAAUGCCUACAAUCUUUAUUUGAAAUCGUCCCUGCACCAAAGAACAUAUAUAUAUUUUUUAAUAAUAAUUACAAAAAAGUGAAAUGAGCCGAAUUAACAUCAGCUACAUCCUCCGUGUCUUUAAAGCCUUAUCGAAGAGAAGAAUCGCAUUUAGUAGAAUGAGAUUUCCCAAUUAACGUGAGUUAUACGUCCGCAAUAAUCCAUCUGAGAAAGCUUUAUGUGAUCAUGUUGGCCAGGGAUGACAUUUAUAAAUGCUGUGUGUGCACACUCACCCAAAUGGACGCCUCACACACCAGAUCCUGCCUAGGGGAAUCAAGCGAACCCCCCCCCCCCCCAACCCACCCAACACGGCACCGCAUGGUCCCCUCGCUGCAGCUUGACCAAGGAGCCCAGCGGCACCUUGGGCUCUUCCCACACAAGGGACACGUGCUCCACACUGAAUAAAUUGAUAGUUGAAAUAAAGAAAAAAGAAGCCUUUGAUGAAUACAUUGGUCGCUUCUUUAAGACGUGCCCCCCCCCCCCCCCCCGGACACGGUGACAAGUAUUGACUGCAGUGUUUUACGGAGAGGCUCCUUGGCUGUUUGCUCUAUCCGUCAGUGUGUUGUUCUGGUACCGAGGCGUCGACUGUCAGCCACGACGCAUCAGUUGAGAUACAGAAACGCCCUUUCCUCUCCGGCCAUUAGCACUCACCCUGAUGCCGUCUCAGGCAGACUGCGUACCCCAAAGCGUGUUUCCGAUGUGCCAGGAAGUGGGGGAAUGGCUUCCGUGCAGCCAGUCAAUUGCCCUGUUACAGUUAAGGAAUCCAGCAGGCUGGUCCCACUCAUAUUUCAUCCCAGGUAAAGAUUAGCUGUCAGGCCCACGGGAGAUGUAUUGAUCUGUUUUCCUUUUUCCGCCAGCAAUCACCUGACAAAGGCACCUAGGAGGCGAGUGAGUGAGUGAUGCCCGGUCGGUCCGCUUCGGCGUAGCGGCUGCUAGUGUCCACCGAUGGGUGGAGAGGUGUUGAGGAGGAGAGAUAAUGCAGUCAUAAACUCUGUUUGAACCUCCUCCGUAUGCCCCCCCCGCCCGGGUCACAGGUCAGUGGGGGAAUUUGCGUUUUCAAAGUGGCGUUUUUUGUCUUUCUUUUUAGCUUGUAGUGGCGAAUAACAAAAACGCACGCAAAAGAGGCUCUCUGGUUCCCGCUGACAAACGCUCGUUGCGGGUUAAAAAAGUCAUGCGGUUUGAUCUGAACUUCCUUCUCGCAAUGAAAUCCAAGCUGCAUUAGUGAUCAAUUUAUUAAUCAUUCUCUGGUGUUUUUUGGCAGCUGAAAGUAUUUAUGUAUUUGCCUUGUGCCGUGGAAUGUCAGACCUGAUAUUAUCUAUGAAUCCGUGUAUCGCACUGUGUAAAAUGUGUAUUAUUUAUGAAGUGAUGCAUAAUUACAGGUCCAUUAAUUGAGGAUUUAGGCAUGAUGACAUUAACUUCAUUACAUCAAUUUCAUGAUAGAUAGUAGUGUAGAUAUGUCUCUAAUUUUUCACUUGUCGUAUUUUUUAAAUGUCAUUUACAUGGAUUUAAAAAGAUCUCCCUGAUUUCAGGGCUCUGAGGCAGCUAUCCAUAUUUGAUACGUAGUACAAAAAGCAUCUUAUCUCGUAGGCUGUUAUCUUUGUAUUUAAUAGCAAUGGAGGUCUGCGUAAUUGCUUCGCAAAUGAUCUGAAGAGGAUUAAUCCUGCUGUGUGUCGCCAGAUGUGAGAGAGACGUUACAAUGGCAACAUUCAAUCAAACCUGCAGUGCAGUGUUUAAGCAGCAGCUUUUCUAUGGCGGUGUUGUGUCCAAAUAAGCGUCACUCUGCUUUUGAAUAAACUGUGUAUGAAUGUUAUUAUGGGUUAAAAGCUGUAUUAAGAAGUAGUAGUUCUACACGUGUCAUUUAUGUAUUCAAAAUGAUAUAAAUGGGAUUUAAAACGA